CAAAAACACAUCAUCAGUGUCCAGCAGGAGUGGCGAUCUCGUUUGGAGCCCUGGUUACUGUAAACCACCAUUCCCCUCACCCAUAUUGCGCAAUUUCGUGCAAGAGAACAAAUGCAACUUGAAAAGACUGACCGGGUCGAAGGUAUGCACAGGCGUUAAUUCACUCGAUAAUUCACAACGAGCAAUGAGACGUAGAAUGCAACAACUAGAACACAACAGCCGAUGCACUGCGGUCGCCAGAGCAAAACGGGAACUCUGGGAUUCACUGCUGAGAGCCAAAGAGAAGUUAAGUCAACGGAAACGCAAAGCAUACUUGCAACACAAAGAUUCCGAGCUCAAGGACAAGCAGCUUCGAGAUUCCCUCACGGAACAGUUACGCGAAGUAAGCUUAGAAGUUGACCUGGUUUUUGCAUGUGCCUAUCAUCCUAGCGCAAUAAAUUUGCCGCUGUACUCAGUG